GUUGCCGGGAGUUGUAGUCCGCGCGGAGGGGAAGCAUGGCUGUGGCGGAGCUGAAAUGCCCCGUUCUGCCGCUCGCCAGCGGCUGCAGCAUCCCGGUGCUGGGGCUCGGUACUUCCCAUCAAGGUGGCUAUUCCCAUGAUGCUGUGGUCCAUGCAAUACAAAGCUGUGGCAUUCGUCAUAUUGACACAGCAAGACGAUACGGCUGUGAAUCUCUGCUCCAAAAGGCCAUCAAAGAGAGUGGUGUGAAACGAGAGGACAUCUGGCUAACUACCAAACUGUGGCCUAGUGAUUAUGGCUAUGAAAACACAAAAAAAGCAUGCUUGGAGUCAUGUGAAAGGCUUGGUGUCGAAUACCUUGAUCUUUAUUUAAUACACUGGCCUGAUGCGCAAGUUCCUGGUAAAAGCAAUCGAGAGGUCCGAGCUGAAACCUGGAGAGCAAUGGAGGAGCUCUAUGAGAAAGGUUUGUGUAGAUCAAUUGGUGUAAGCAACUUUCUUAUCAGUCAUCUUGAGCAACUAAAGGAAGACUGUGUGAUUACUCCACAUGUUAAUUAGGUUGAAUACCACCCUUUCCAAAGGCCUCAAGAGCUGGUCGAUUAUUGUAGGAGAAGGGAUAUUGUUUUUGAAGGCUACUGUCCUUUAGCCAAAGGUGAAGCACUUACUCAUCCUAGUAUCAUUCAGCUGUCGAAGAAAUAUGGCAGAACUCCAGCACAGAUUUGCAUACGCUGGAGUAUACAGAAUGGGAUUGUCACUAUUCCAAAAUCCACGAAAGCGGAAAGGAUAGAGGAAAACUGCAAGGUGUUUGAUUUUACAAUAGCAGAAGACGAUGUUGAAGUUCUCAAUGGACUGCAUGAUGGGAGACAUGUUUCCUGGGACCCAAGCCUUGUUGUGUGAAUGAAGGUUUUGUAUUUUAAUCUGAAGGGAGAGGAUCUGGAAUUUUUGAACACUCUGAAUAUCAACAGAAAAUCGAUUCCUGCAACCUGUCCACUGUGGAAAGGAUAAUUUAACCCCAGAUGGUCUUAUACUGCAGAAAUGAUGCAACCGAAGCAUUGAUUCAUUUUAAACUGAGCAGUAAAUCUAAUUUGUUCUGCUGGGUACUCAGUACCUAAUAAAUAUCGAUCAAAAAUCAGGAUCAAUGGCUUGUAUUUACUGUUACGUUAACAGAUGAAUAAAAUAAUUUCCUUUAGACUUUACUCGCUGCAUGUACUUCAUUUAAGGUGUCAUUUGAACCAAUAUGAACAAUUUUCUUUGCUUUUCUUAUGACUUUUGAAGAGUAUUAGUUACUUAAAGGAACAUAUAAGAGCAUGCUGCAGGACAUGGAAAUCACCAGAAAUACCAAAAACACAGAAUAUUUGUUCUGGGAUUGCAGCAGAAAUCAGAAUCUGACUUUUUUCCACUGUUUUAUACAUUUCUUCUAGUCAUGAGAACUUUGGGGGAUUCUGCAGGCCACUCUUGGGACUUUCACAGAAUCAUAGAAUCCCAGAGUGGUUUGGGUAGGGAAGGACCCUAAGAUCAUCCAGUUCCAACCCCCUGCCAUGGGCAGGGACACCUCACACUAGACCAUGUCACCCAAGGCUCUGUCCAGUACAGCCUUGAACACUGACAGGGAUGGGGCAGCCACAGCUUCUCUGGGCAAGCUGUGCCAGUGUCCCACCACCCUCACAGGGAAGAACUUCCUAAGAUCUAACCUGAACCUCCCCUGUUUCAGUUUCUUGGUGAGCAAAACCAUUCUGUUUGUACUGUUUCAAGGAUCUCCUGUCUUGACCUAGCGCAUCAGGCAGUAAUUGGCUCUGGUUUGUGGCCUAAGUUGCCUCAGAAUGAGUGAAAGUACUUUUUGCUUAUAUAAAGGUUUUUGCAGAAGAGUGAGAGGUUGGAGAAGAGCCCUUUGAUAAUGUGUUUUGAGGGGAUUUUCUGUAUCUUUUCAGGAUGGAUCAUGUUCAGACACUCCUCUGAUGCAACUGUGAGUUGGCCAGCAGUGCUAGCACUAAGAGAGGAUGCUCUUCUGAUGGUGUCAGAGCACACAGCCUUUGGGAGGACCCCAGCGUGCAACUUCUUUUCUGACAAGAUCAAAGCAUUUUCCGGCAAGGAAAUUGCCCUGGAAUUGACCAGGUUUCUGAAAUCCACACCACACUAAGUUCUCACUGGAAAUUCCACAAGAACUUUGGUUGUCAGAAACGAUUUUUGUUUGGUUUUUUGCCAUGCCCCAAAUCACGAGUUUUUACUCCUCCUAAAAUUCAAGUAUAUAAGGGCAUAUACAUACUCAGGAUGCCUGUGAACAAAAGUGUCUGCCUCUUUAUGCUUGUGGACACAUUGCAGAAACACUUUUAAGCAGUUUACCCGGGUCAAAUGGCUGUUAAUAUGGCUUUGGUACCCUGAAGUGCUCAGCCCUCCUGCUCGCAUUCCACCCAGACCUGCAUUUGGCUUAUUCUUGCAGUAGCGCAUGAAUGAUGUUGUCCUUUCUCCUUAUUCUUACUACAGGCAAUUCCAGAGCUGAGUUUUUAAAGGACGUGUAUACACAUUGGAUUUCUGUGGUGUAUUUCACAGAAGGAUGAGCUUCCUCAACCCGAGCUGUGGCCACUGGGGAGGUACUGAAGAAAGAGUUCCUGUUCUGUUGGUGGGGAUGGAGUAUAACCCUGGUGUAAAGCGCCUCACUAAACGCUCCCCAGCAUACUUUUGGUAGAGGUGGCUGGACCAACCUGAAUUUCCCUCAGUUGUAUUUCAGCUAUUGUAAGCAGGCUGGAACCUGCGCAGCCAAGCCACGUGCUAACCUGUCAUUUCUGAGGUUUUGGAGAGCCUUCAGUGCAAAUCCAGUCGAUGGGGCUUCAUUUCCCUGACAAGGAUGAAGCUGCAUUUCAGCUCUGUCUCUGCUGAGAUGUCAAGAGGGCUACAAAUACGUAUGGUCAGCUAAUUUUAAUGAUGCUUAUUGUGAUACAAACACCCAAGUGUUCAGAGUGGAACUGAAAUUGCCCUGGUAUAUUGCACAGCCUCUAACAAAUAAGUAGUUAGAUGUCCCAUCUCUGAGUUGGAGCCCUCACAGUUGGUUAACCAAUAACCUAAACAUGAAAGCCUGUACAUCUGACUACUGAAACCCUGAGUCACUCUAUCCUUUUUAAUUAAAGCAUGUUCCUUUAAUGUG